AUGUCGAAGAGAACAGUCUUCACGACAGUGACACCGCUGCCAGCGAUGGUCACUCGCGAGACGGUCCUGUCCACAUUGCAUGACCAUGUGGAAAUGAUCUUAUUGAACCCCCUCGUUGAGGAGCAGCAUCCUAUCAAGCCUCCUCCAAUUGCCACCGCGGAGGAGUAUCACUGCCAGUGGUAUUCCCUCACAGACCGAGUCCAAUAUCUGCCCGGCGGCCUGAUGUCCGGGAAAGUAACCUACCAAGCAUGCUUCCACGAUCUCGCAACAGGACUCCAGACACAUUGCUACGCGCCCAUGGGGUUGAAUAUUCGCGGGAAAUGGACACUCGGCGGGUCGCUACCAGGGGAACCAGUCGCGCCCGUGGAGCUGGGCGUCGGUGUACCGCUCCAGGGACUAUAUCUGCGCGAAGACGUGGACAUGAAGUGCAACAUGAUGAUGACGGGGUUCGUCAAGAAAACGCUCAAGAAAGCCCACGUCUCGCUCGUCGACAGACUAGUCGUCAAAGCCCAAAUCCAAUCCGCGGCGGAGGAGAACCAGAGACUUAAUACCGAUCAAAUACCAACCACCAGCCACACCCCUCCGAUCUCGCGAUUCUCCACCCAGCAUACGCAGAGUAGCUCCGACAGCAAGACAAACAGCCGUCACGAUGACGCUCCCCCUCUGUACCAACACCCCGCGCACCGAGACCAGAUGCACCCCAGCGACAGCGCUCUAUACCCCGAAGCCCUCAGCGUGCGAAGCUCGACGACGUCCUUCGGCGGAUCUGCGGAUGGCAGUAAUUUCAGUGGGAGACCUUCAUAUCAGGAAUCAGUGGCGGGGAGUCAAAACAAUCGGGUAUCAUGGCAGCAGCUGAACCCGAAUAGACAGAGUCCUUCCAUGCAUCCAGUCGAGGCGGGGUAUCAGAAUACGGAUCCGUACCGUCAUUCAACGCAGUCUUCUCUAUCUGCCGACUUUUCUGCGAGGUCCUCAAGAGGCGAUCCGAGAUAUUCGAACCCUCUUCCUCCUCCGCCGCAAAAGUCACGUCCUGCGGAAUUGGAGUGA